CAAAGCUAACAACGAAAACCAUUAGCUGUUUACGUCAACGCAGUUCUAGUUGGCUCUUCAAUACUUGUCGUUGCCCACGACUUCAGUACUUUAAAUAGCUUCCAUGUAAAUGCUACGUUCUUUGGCGUCAGAUAUAGCAUCCCGGUACAUUGAUUUAGCUUAUGUUAAUGGAUAAACGAUUCUGCGAAAAAGCCUAACGUUAGCCUACUUGCGGAAAUGAUGGGACCUCUUCCUCUGAAGCCCAAGGUGUUGCUGUGGGCUGAUGUCAGUUACACAGAUAUGGAAGAAAUUGACAAUACCAAGUCUACACCUGAAUUGAAAAGAGACGCUGCUGAGCAAUAUGGAUCAGUGCUUCACUUACUGUCGUGAACUGUUGCUUUGUCACUCUUCCAUGCAGCCUCCAUUUCGGGUUGACCUUUUCAACUCUGAGCAGAUGACCCAGAUCUUGUCGUACCUGGUCAACACCUACUUCAGACACUUUUCACUCUAUAAAUAUAUUUUCACAGCCCAGGUGCAAUUAACCCUGUCUCUCUCCCAUUCCGAAAUUUCUGGCACCAUCUCAGGAUCAUCAGAACAUUGCGGCGGUGACCCGGUCAUGCAGGUUCUUCCUAUACAACAUACGGAGAAUCCGCCCCUUUCUCACCCCCUACUCGACCCAGCUCCUGGUCCAAGCGAUGAUUCUGUCCCGCCUGGACUACUGCAAUUCCCUCUUGGCUGGCCUCCCAGCCUCCGCCAUCAGACCCCUCCAACUUAUCCAGAAUGCAGCAGCUCGUCUGGUCUUCAACCUUCCCAAAUACUCACACGUCACCCCCCUGCUUACUUCCCUCCACUGGCUGCCUGUCAUGGCUCACAUCAAAACAUUGGUGCUAGCCUUCCAAGCAGUUAAGGGGUCUUCCCCAGCUUACCUACAAAAAAUCAUCAGACCCUACACCCCUGCCAGACCUCUUCGUUCAGCCUCCACAGGCCGCUUGGUGAC